AUGCCAAGAUUUGAAUCCAUACCUAUAUUGCUGAUGAUGAUGAUCCUUGUAAACCUCUUUCAGGAGUAUCUUCAGGGAAAUUCAUUGUGGCUUCAAUACGUUAAGGUUCCAUUAGUGACUUUGGGUUACGAGAACAGUUACGAUGUGUUUGUGAAAGCCCAUGGAGGCGGACUCUCUGGUCAAGCUCAAGCUAUUACUCUCAGAGUUGCUCGUGCCCUCCUAAAGGUAAGUGCAGACCAUAGAUCGCCUCUGAAGAAGGAAGGUUUGCUCACUAGAGACUCUAGAGUUGUUGAAAGAAAGAAGGUCGGGCUCAAGAAAGCGCGUAAAGCACCACAGUUCUCGAAGCGUUAA